CAAGAAGAAAGUACACAAAACUGAGCCCGGUGGCCCAGGGGGUGCAAUUUUCGAAGGGUCGGGUGUUUGAAUUUUUCCCUCAAACGGAGGCAGAGAAAACGGCAUGUUCUUCGUCUUUUCGAUCUGAAAAUCAAUCAACAUCGCUCAACUUUAAUUUAUCUAUUGCUAUUAAAUCCUCACUCAAAAUUACGCUACAUGGGUUCCUCAUCAUUUGCUUUGCUUCGCUUAGCAUUUGGAUAAUCAAGAAAGGGACCCCAUUUCCGUUCCACAUCUCUGCUCUGCAAGUUAUUUUAUCUCUUUCCCUCAUCUACUCGCCACAAUAUGCUUCCAAUCCCAUGCUUUCCUUUCUUUUUUACUUUCCCAAUUCUCCUUCCUUCCUUUUAAUCUCUCAUUAAUUUGAAAUCGGUGUUUAUGGAGAUUUUCUAGAUCUGGAUUGUUCAAAUCUUUGCCACUUUUUGGAUUUUUCCAUGGAGUAGGAUCGGCGUUGGUUUCGAGGGAUGGGAUCCAGCGGGAGUAAACCGUCGAGCAGUUCGCUGCCGUCGCCGCCGCCGUCUUCAUCGUCGUUGGCGGCGACUCUGUCGAGUUCCGGGAGAAUCCGGAGGAGGAGAUCCAAAGGCCGGAGAGUUUUCCAGUGUUCUUGCCUUGGGACGCUCUCUGGAUCGCACCAUAGCGACAAUGACGAUAAUGAUUGUGAAAGUGAUAACAAAAAGAAUGCUCAUUAUUGUUCAUCUGCAAAUCAUACUGCUCAAGCAUUAGAUCAGAAGAAAAUUGAGGGUUACAGAAGGGUCAAAGCUGAGGAGUCUGUUGAAGCACCUUGCGUAACGUCGAAUGUUGAACUUGAUGGAUGGGAUCAGACCGGUGGUGCUGUUAUUGCCCCUAGAGCUGGUAGUACUUCUUCCCAUGCAACCUCCCUCGAACCGUUGAAGUCUUCGAGUAACUUCCUUUCUCGCUUUAGUUUCGUUCCCGGUAAUGUAAGCUUCAGACUGAGUAGAGCAAGCAGGUUAGGAUCAUCUAGAUCUUAUCCUUUGUCUUCAACUAAUCUCUCAAUGUUGAAUGACGAAGACGGGCUUCGUUUGUCGAAUGGACCUGUCGGAGGCUUGGAUGAUCGAGAUGAAAUGCAGCAAGGUAGGGACUCGCUUCCUGCAUCCUUAGCUAGUGCAACUCAUACUGAGUAUCAUGGAGAUGGUCCUUCUAAUUUUAGGCUAAAUACACUACCUUCUGAUCUUUCUACUAACUUACAAGACAAUCAGGCAGUUUCUUCUACCCACGAUGUGGCUCGUGAUAAUGCACAAGUAGAGCCUGAUGGUAACGUUUCCCAUCCUCGAAAUCUACCUGAAAAUGAAAGCAGUGAGAUUAGACAAUCUGAUAGACAGACUGGAUCUAGGGAACCAGUUGAACAGAAUUUUCGUUUCAGUCGGACCCUUAGCGUUGGAAGACUCCGUGAUAGGGUUCUUCGUAGAUCAUCGUUAUCUGACUUCACAUUGUGUCCUCAGCAACAAGAGGGAGAGGAGAGAGAUGCUAGUCAGAGUGGCGAUGACCGACAUGUUCGGACUGCUGAGACAAGGGCUUCAUCAUCUGAAGAUAAUGCUAUGACCUCUCCAACAACGUCAGGUUAUCCAGCUUCUAGUCUAUCUAGUUCCCUGUUUAGCACCCAAGAUAAUGAAAUGGAAACCACUCGGCCUCGAGAAGCUAGAUAUCACGAUUUGCUCGAACACCGGUCAAAUUUCCUUGAACGGAGAAGACGAAUACGUUCCCAGGUUCGUGCCCUACAGCGGUUGGGAAGUCGCUUUGAGAACCUAUCUGGGCACGAGAGAUCGUGUAUAUUAUCUGGUCAACAUAGGACCAGUCAUUGUACUUGUCGUAUCAAUAAUCGUGACACAAAUGUAAAUGAUAACACUGAUGCUAGAGCUAGUAUAUCAAGAAUUGUAAUGUUAGCUGAAGCCUUAUUUGAGCAAUCUGUAGUCUUAUCGUCCCGUCCUGCAUCUUCGAUUGGCUCUCUGCCUGCUCCGAACGAUGUUGUAGAUUCUAUGCCCGUUAAAUUUUAUUCCAAGUUGCAAAAGCAUCAAAACGAGGAAGCUGCCCAAUGCUACAUAUGCCUGGUCGAGUACGAUGAAGGAGACAGCAUGAGAGUGUUGCCUUGCCAUCAUGAGUUUCACACAGCGUGUGUCGAUAAGUGGCUGAAGGAAAUCCACAGGGUAUGCCCCCUCUGUCGAGGUGACAUAUGCAGCAGCAGAUCGGAUGCGUUACCAGACGAUGUCACGUGAAGGCAAUUCAUUUCGAAAACCCGCUGUCUGUGAUUCUUUUUGGUUGGCUGGUGAGAAUAUUGUAAGGGAAAAGAUGAUGAAUGGGUAUGAAAAUGAUGCUGAAAUUCUGGUUUUUGUUCUAUGAUUUGUGGUGUCCUUUUAUAAGUAUUGACUUGCUAGAGUGUUGUAAUGAAAAUGGACCCAAAAGAGAAUCUCAUGAGCCUUCUUCUCCUAUCCAAGAUUGUGAAUAAGAUAAUGAAAGUCUUUUCUCUACA